UCAGCAGUGACACGUCAGACACAGUGCCACAUCAGCAGUGCCACGUAAGCAACGUCAGCAACAUGACGGGCCUGCCAGGCCAACUGGCCAAUGAGCCCGUUGCCGACUACAAAAAGCGCUUCCAGGCUCAGCUCGCUGUAAUCGAGGCUGAGGAACAACGCCAGCUGGCAGCCAAGGCUGCCCAGCUACAGGCUGACGAAGCGGCAGCAGCGGAGAAGCUCCGGCUACAGGCCGAAGCAGACGCAGAGGCCCAGGCUCGCCGCAAGGAAGCCCAGGAUCUGCUGCAGCGGCAUGAGGCAGCCAGCGUUGACAGACUCAAAUUCUGGCACUUUGAACCCAACGGCGACGACGCGACACCGGAAGAGCAGCAUAAGGAGUUUCUCUCCAAACUCGUGACACGGUUGUUGUACACUUGCAACUACCAACAGUCCGAGUUGGAGAAACAGUACCAGGACCUGACGCAACAGCAUCAGGAGUUGGCGAAGCUCCGCCGCACGGUGCAGAGCCACGAGGAUGCAACUCGGGCACUCAAUGCCCGAAUGCUGGACCUGGAACAGGCUGUACCAAGACCAACUGCUGGGGCUUCAAGCAGUGCAUCCUCUAGCCCCCAGCUGGAGGAACGCGUUGACCACGUAGUGGCAAUGCUCGGCGACAUCAGCACCUUCGCUGCGCCGACCACCAUCAGCAGUCAACUGCAUACCUUGAAGACCGAGUUCCGGCAGCUGCAGUCGACGAACGCAGAUGGCAAUCCGAAGUUGUACAAAAUGCCAACUUUCCAACUGGACAGGUUCGACGACUACACGCAGCAGGAUCCGGUCCUCUGGUGGGAAGCAUUCACAACGCAACUAAGGAUUCUGCCCGUCGCCAAGCACGCGUACAUCGGCGCCCUGUUCAUGAACUCAAAGGGCGGAUGCCAGACCUGGUUGACCCACUUGGCAACCUCCCACGGCGUCGACGUACCGGACUUGAAGGACAAAAUCACAUGGGAGGAACGGACACGGCUGUGGAAGAAGCGGUUCAUCGUCGACGACGCGCCAGCACUCGCCAUCAACCGUCUGUUCACCAUGUCACAGGGCAACACCGCAACACGGGAUUGGCUCACGGAGUGGCAGAAGAUUGCGACAGUGCCCAAUCUGGACUUGCCAUUCAUGCAUUUACGCCGUGAGUUCUACAACAGGUUAUGUGCUGCAUUGAGCCAGACUCUUGGUGAUCGCGAGCAGUACUCAACCUUCGCUGAGAUCAUUGACAAGGCGAGGGAAAUCAUCAAGAUCAACAGGUCAGCUGCACACGAGAAGUCAACAUGGCAGCCGACCUAUGUGGAGAAGGUACGAACUGGUCCGCGACAGCAGCACUUCGCUGCAGUCCAGUCGGACAGUGGAGAUAACCUAGCAGCCACUCCAGCAUCAAGUGACGGAGAUCAGGUGGCUGCUGUCCAGCCGCGAAGCAACAACAAGUCCCGCAAUAAUGGGAAGGCGAAAUCCGCAUCGCAGGCCGGAAAUGCACAGCCAGUACAAAUUCCAUGGGUCAAGUUCGGCUUGACCGAGGCGGAGUACAAGGUCCGCGGCCAAGGUGAGGCGACUCCACCUUCCACUCCGCCAGAUUCGGCCGCCUUGCUAGCGGCCUCCUACACAUCUGGGGAGGAUGCGAAUGUCGCAGGUUCUCGUUACACUUACGAGGACUAUGCUGUCCACUUGGUUCCACCGCUGGACCAACCGCUCCACGUGCAACAAAUUACUGCAUGCACGGUUUCAUCACCAUCGGCAACCGAUUCGGCAGCUUCGCCGCCAUCUAUCGUCAGGGAUUCAUCGUCGUGGUCAAGACUUGAGGUGCUCGACCCACUGACAUUCACAGACUUCCAGUGGAUGCCCGUUCCCUCGACCGGACGAUUGCCGAAACCGCAUUGCAACGUGCUUAUGGCACAAUUGCGGGACUACUUGCACACUGCAGUACCAGCUCCGUUGAUGGACGCCGGAGUAGAGGUUGUCGACCUUCACGCUUACAUUGCGAAGAUCGACUGCGAGUUCAAGACGCAACGACGAUCAGAAACGUCGGCCCUCUCCCACGCAUCGACGAUCUUCUCGAGCGACUGGGCGGCGCCAAGUUCUUCUCCAAGCUUGAUCUCAAGUAAGGAUAUCACCAACUCGAGAUCCGGCUGGAGGAUCGCUACAAGACCGUGUUUAAGACGUGAUAUGGGCAUUUCGAAUGGCUGGUUAUGCCAUUUGGCCUUACGAAUGCCCCGGCCACUUUCCAAGCACCUAAUGACAACGGAGUUCCGACACAUGCUGGAUCGAUACGUACUUAUCUACCUCGACGACAUCCUGGUGUACAACUGGAGUUUGGAGGAGCAUGUGGAACACCUGCGCACCGUUUUGGAGCGGCUACGACAAGUCAAGUACAAGGCCAACCGAGAUAAGUGUGAAUUCGCGCGGCAGGAGCUGGAGUACUUGGGCCAUUAUGUGACGCCGCAAGGCAUCCGUCCGCUCGUGGACAAGAUCGAGGCCCUACGAUCGCCAAAGGUGCCAUUCGUAUUCGAUGACGACGCUCGCCGGUCAUUCCAAGCACUUAAGACGGAUAUGCUUAUGGCACCCGUCCUUAGCAUCUAUGACCCCACCUUGCCGACGAGAGUGACUAUGGACGCUUCCGGCUAUGGCAUUGGGGCAGUCUUGGAACAGCACAACGGCGACGACUGGUACCCUGUGGAGUAUUUCAGCCACAAAAAGCCUCCCAUCAACUCCCUUGAUGAUGCAAGGAAGAAGGAGCUACUCGCAUUCGUCAUUGCUCUCAAACGAUGUCGGCACUUCCUCCUUGGGCGUCGUAGGUUCACAUGGGUUACGGACAACAAUCCAUUGACCUACUACAAGACGCAGGAUACGGUGAGCAGCACGAUCGGACGAUGGAUGUACUUCAUCGACCAGUUUGACUUCACACCGAAACAUCUUCCCGGCCUCUCAAAUCGCGCAGCAGAUGCACUCUCGCGAAGACCUGAUCUUUGCGCUAUGACACAUCAUGCCUUCGCAUUCGACGAGGAGCUUCAGCGACAUUUCAUCCGGGCAUACAAGUCUGAUCCGGACUUCGCCACGCUGUAUGCACAGCUAUCUUCGGAUCACCCGCCGGCCAGCCACUACCGCAUUGCCGACGGGUACUUGCUCCUCCACUCGAGAGCCAAGGACUUACUAUGUGUCCCACGCGACCGCCGUCUUCGGACUCGCCUCCUCGGCGAGUAUCAUGAUUCGCGACUCGCCGGCCAUUUCGGAAUAGUGAAUGCUGGUGUAGGUCUUGUGGCAUGUGGUGUCGCCAAAGAUGUUGGGGAAGGCGUGGCUCGUGCCUCCGAGGUGCAUCAGUCAGGAAAGGCCUUGCAGGUGCUCAAUGCAUGGGUCAAGCUCUCUCAGGAUUUGAGAAAAGCAGAAGAGGAGGCUACAUCCACAUCCUAGGGAGAAGACGUGAUUUUUGAGCUCAUCCUUCUACUUAAACCACCACUCCAUGCGGAUUUUCGUUCAUUCACUUGUGUUCUUGCUGCCAAUCUUUCUCUGACCUGCCCAUUCAUUAAUUCAUUCGUAUCGUCAUUAAAGUGUCAUUUCCCCGGAUGGCGAAAGGGGUCCACACCAAGAUACGAGGAGGCGGCGAGCAGGUGUGGCCUAACGGCGGGCGGCGGAAUUUGGGUUCCCCACCUUUGGCGAUUUUUUGCUGUCUUUUUUUUUUGACGAAAAAUUCUGAAAACGAUCAUGGAUGUAGGACAGGUUCUGCCUUGGUUGGGAAACGUUUUCUACAAAAACGAAGCAAAUUUGCAAACCUGGUAAAUUAUCGAAAUCCUUUUGCUGGCCGGAGAAGAGGAAAAGUGCAAAGUAGAAGUUUCACGAAGAUGCAAACCGAGUGCCUAUGCUUGCCUCCCUUUGCUGUGACAUAGUAGACUGACCAUUCAGGCUGCGAAAGGCCAAGACAGUUGUAAACACCAGGUUUGACAAAUUAGGUUCUGGUGUGGUAGUGGUUUAAGAACGUACUCACACGAGGACUCUUCUGCAUGUGUCAGACUGCAGUUACCGCCGUCUCUGGGUGUAUCUGGCCACAAUUACGUCCAGGGCUGAGUAGAAAAACUCCUAGUGCGAGUAUGGCCUCACUCAGUCAGUCUCAAUCUCUUGAGCAGGGAGGGAGGAGGGGGGUUUUGGGCAACUUGCGAUUUUGAUGUGAGUUGAAUUCAAUUGGUGGGAAGUUUGCUGGAAUAAUUAUGACAGAAGGAUAGAGACGAUGACGACCUGUUUGUACAUCCGUACGUACAUUGACAUGCACGUGUAUCACAUUCGUAAGGUGCAAGUGGGCCACUAUGACACACGGGGAUGUAGACAGCUGGCAUUCAACUAAAUCGAUUUGGCGAGCCUUGUAUGUGAGAUCCACAGUAAAGGGACAACUAUAAGAAAUAUUGGAGAAACUCUGAAACCGUGAGAACUGCAGAGAAAAGGCAGACAAACGGUUUCAGUGUGUUUCAUGCUGUCUGCUAUUUUCCUUGUCUGCUCUUUUAGUUUUUUUCCCUCUCUUUCAGUUGAUAGAUAGGUGACAAUAUAUAGGCAUGUAUGACUAUAGGCAUCGGUACUGCUCAGUGAGUACGGCUUUGGUUCUUUGGUUCUAGAUGUGAGAGGAAGAAAUGGUGUGUUGUCUCAACCCGUAUGUAUCUGCAACCCUGUACGGAAGCAGGGAGGGGGGGGGGGUUAGGGAGAUGGAGUUCUUGAUGCGUUGGACCCUCCCCUGCCACACCCUGACACACAGAAGUGAAGAUUAUCAUAUAUAAACUCCCAUUCGGGAAUGGCCCCUUUCAAUCUGUGGAGGGCCCCAUCAGCCGAACUGGAGCACUUGUUUGGGUUAUUGGUUAUGUGGAGUUUGCAAACAGUUUC